UUAGUAGCACACUGUUCUCUAUCCCCUGGGUCCUCUCCGUCACACACCCAGAGAGACCCAGAAAGAUAGACAGCAUGAGGCUCGGGCUGAUACUCCUGCUAGCCGGGAUAGCUACUGUGUUUACUGCAGAGGAGUCAUGCAUGGACCGCUGUGAGAAUGGCUUCGACUCCAAGAAGGAUUGCCAGUGUGACACCAUGUGUCGGUACUACAAGAGCUGCUGCUCAGACUACGAGACCGCAUGUCAUAUGAAAACACGCGGGGACACCUUUGAAUUUGCAGAGGAUGACGAUGGUCCAUUUACCCCUACAACGCCCGCCUUCCCGACCCAACCUGAGGGCGGGGAAUCCAGCUCCUCAGGGGGCCAACAUAGGCAACCCACACGCCUCAGAACCUCCAACACCACCCCUACUCCUGCCAAAAUUGGCACAAAGAUAACCCCAGUCACAGAGCCAGCUAGAAGCGCAGCUCGAGGCCCACAGAGAGGCCAGGUCCCAGUGGUUGUCCCACUCCCGGAGGCAGCUAAAGCCACCAAGGCACCGUCGGCCACACAGGCAGGUAGAGGCUCAGAUAGAGGCCAGUUCCCAGUGGUAGUCCCAGUCCCAGAGACAGCUAUAGCCACCGAGGCAACAUCAAUCCCACAGACAACCACAGAGGAAGUGGUGACGACCACCAAGGCUCCGGUAGUAGACCCAGAUGCACAACCAUGCAGCAGCAGGCCCUGGGACUCCCUAAUGCAGCUCAAGAACGGCUCCGUCUACGCCUUCAGAGGGGAGUGGUUCUUUGAGCUGGAUGAGAAGUCGGUGAUGCCCGGCUACCCCAAACUGAUCCAGGAUAUCUGGGGUAUCAGAGGGCCUAUAGAUGCUGCCUUCACACGUAUCAACUGCCAGGGAAAGACAUACAUGUUCAAGGGUAACAAGUACUGGCGGUUUGAUGAUGGUGUGCUGGAGGAGGACUAUCCCAGGGAUAUCAACGUGGGCUUUGAGAAGAUACCAGACGACGUGGACGCAGCCUUCGCCAUAGCAGCCCCUGGACACCACGGCAAAGAGAAGGUCUACUUCUUCAAAGGUGACCAGUACUACCAGUAUGAGUUCAAGCACCAGCCAUCACAUGAGGAGUGUAUCAAGAUGUCAGCAGGGUCUCCCUCCGCUCUGUUCACAGCCUACACUGACAUCUACCACAACAACUGGGAGGAACUCUUCAACAUGCUCUUCAGAGGCAUCCCCAACCACCAUGGUGGGCAUCGGUUCAUCAACAAGGACUGGAUCGGCAUCAAGGCCCCAGUGGACGCUGUCAUGACAGGGAGACUCUACAUCACCCCCAGGUCACUGGCCCCACCCCUGUUCCCACCCUUACCCCCUUUACGGGACCACAAUGACGGGAGGCGCCAGCCAUGGGACCAACAGUGGGGGCAGUAUGGUCAACAGGAUCAGUUAAAUGGACAGCAAAAUGGACAACAAUAUGGACAACAAGGACAACAAUAUGGACAGCAGUGGGAACAGCAGUGGGGCCGCCGCAGAAGUAGGCGCCAGUCUUACUGGGGUGCCGGGACGGGAAUGGCUAUGGGGCAGGCGUUCGCAGAGAAGGGGAUGGAUAUGGGGAAAGGAUUCGCUGAGAAGGGUAUCGAUCUCGGUCGGAAGCUGGCGGAGAGGGGGAUGGCUAUGGAGGGGAUGUUUGGAGGGUGGGACAUGCGCCGAACGGAUGCCAGGGAUGAAGACAGAGACAGGGAUAGAAGGAGGGAUGACCAGGAUAGGAGGAGGGAUGACCAAGACAGGAGAGGAGAUGGAUACAACUAUGACUCCAGAUACAACGCUGAGGGGAGGGCCUACUGGGAGUUUGUCAACAAGGGCCAGCCAGUGCAGAGCGUCUACUUCUUCAAGGGAGAUAAAUACUACAGAGUGGAUCUGAAGACCAAGAAAGUGGACCCAGCCAGCCCUCCUUACCCCAGGUCCAUUGGCAAGUACUGGCUGGGCUGCCCUGAAAAACACCUGGAGGCCGAGAAGAAAUAGUUUCACAACUGUAUAAAGAAACAUAUGCAGUAUGUCAAAACAUGUUUUACAUCAACGACUCAAAUAGACAGUAAUUUAAAGCUAGAUAAUUAGAAGAAUCACUUGAAAAAUUAAAGGAGAGCCGCACACUCUAGGAGCUCAGAUGCAAUACUUUAAUAACCUCAUAUCCAACGUUUUGAUAGACAAGCUGAUACCCUGAGAAAGGCAGCUUGUCUGUCGAAACGUUGGAUAUUAGGUUAUUAAAGUAUUGCAUCUGAGCUCCUAGAGUGUGCGACUGUUCUACCUUUCUCUUUGUACCUGGAAUACUUGUGUGUAAUACUUUUAUAAUUAAAUAUUUUCUAGCUGUAAA